AAUGGUGGACAUGAGCUCGAGUCUAAGGGAUUCCAGAGUUGCUGAGACUGCCGGUCGAUACAUCAUUCCAGUCAUCCCUCUGCAGCAAGAGACUGCGGUGCCACCCGAACAGCUGGCCAAGGUUUUGGCUGAGGUUGUGCACUUCAUGGACUGGGAGAAGGUGGCCAUUCUGCACGAAGACGAUGAGUACAGCAUAUUCGUCGCCAAGGUGUUUAGUCAGAUCUCCAAAUCUGGCUAUCCCUGCAUUUCGGCCAUCCGUUCAUUAACUGUACCCGAGUCCCAGAAAGACGGAAGUGGCGCAGAUCUCAGAUCUUACCACAGAAUUCUCUCAUCUUUCACAUCCAAACUCUCAGACAAUACUGGAGUCAUUGUCAUUGGUCACACUAAAUCGUUUGAAAUGAUAAUUCAGGCUCUCGGUGAAUCCCAGAAUAAUUUUUCUCGCCUUCAGUGGCUGUUUUCUUGGAUGCCUGCCUUUUCCAAGCUCCGGAAUUUAGGCACCAUGAUCAACAAGAAGAAUAUAUUUUCUUUGGCGCCAUUUCCUAAAGAGAUUGCUGCAUUCGAAGAUUACUGGCGAAGACUCUCUGACUUGGCUAGCAAUGCUGAAGGCAACGAUCGAUUCUUCAUGGAGUAUGUUAUGUCUCAGAAGAACUGUAAAGUAUCUGGUUUCAAGAAUGUGAUUUAUGACAACAUGGUUAUGUGCGAAAAUCUGAUUUUGAAGGAAAACCCAACUGAUAGCUUGAUGCGAACAGCCAGGUUUUUACCUGCUAUUCAUGCGUUGUUCACCUUCGCACACGCCUAUCGUAAAGCUUGGACCGAUAAGUGUAAUGGUGUGCCUGGUAUGUGUCACGAUUUGAAAGUCAUGUCGAGAAGAGAAUUUGUGGAACGGUAUUUAGAACCACUGGAGUUUGCACAUGACUCCCGCGAAAGAAGCCCGGAAGGAGUGGUAGGUGAGAAAACAAGUCAAGGUGCCAGCGGAGAAAUGGAAGGCAUGCAGAUUGCGUUAAAUGCGUAUUCCUUCUCACCGAGCAGUGGACUCCAGUUCAAGCAGGUUUUAGCAUAUGAUGCACAAGAAGUAAAAGUUUUGGAUGCAUCUUUCCUUCAUGUUCCAUCAGUAUGUCCUAAGGGUGGUUGCAAGGAUUGCUUAAGUGUCCGCCAGUCACGUUUAGAAGAUCCAUAUAUCGGCAUGGCAUCCAAUGAAGAUUUCAUUGUCACUUCUCAGUCUGAUGACAUAUCGAUACCGAUUCUCCUACCUAUUCAUAAAGCCGGUCAUAAUCCUUUGGUGUGCAGUGACGAGAUCAAUGCUCAAGCUGUUCAAGAUCUCGAAGCUGCACUUUGGACUGUGGAUCAAAUCAACAGGGAUACAGAAUUCUUGCCAGAAAUUCGCUUAGGUGUCGUGGCUAUAGAUACAUGCUCAACUCCUGUGCAGAUAACUCAAAAACUUUCCAAUUACUUAAUGGACACGAAGAAAAAAGAAGUUGAUGAUGUUAGCUCUGAUUUGGCUUUUGUUGUAGUUGGAUCUCCGGAUGAAGUCCAUGCGGCAUCUUCUGUCAUCUCGGCAUUAAAUGCCACACUAAUUUCGGUUAAUGAUGCAAUCAGACCGAAGGACAUGACGAACAAUCAUCUCCAGGUAGCUAUUCCUCUAGAAAGAAAAACUAAAGCUACUGUGGAUACAUUAGCCUACCUUGGCUGGAAUUAUGUUACAGUCAUCCACGAUCGAGAUGAACGCAGUAUUUUGAUGAUGGAAUCUUUUAAAUCUUUAGCUAAGGAGAGUGAUAUAUGCCUUUCUGCCGAUUUAUCUCCCUCAGGAUUGGAUGAUUUUGAGAUGGACGGUCUAGUAAUGAAUGUAGUUGCUGCUAAGAAGAAAGGUGCUCGUGCUGUGGUUAUGUGGACUAAUGAGCAUACCAUUCGAGCUUUCUUGAAAGCUGUUCAUAGAGCCGUAGUAGCUGGCCUUAUCAGCAGAGGUGAUCUGGUUAUCAUUUCAAGUGGUGAUUGGAUUGUUAACUUGCAAUCAUUCAAAGAGUUCGAAAAUGAAGCCACUGGUGUGAUAGUUUUGAAAACUCAGCAAGGAGAAGUUGAAGAUUUCUCUACUUAUUUUCAGCGUUUGGGACCAGAUUCAAACAAAAGAAAUCCGUGGUUCCGCGAGCUUUGGGAACAAAGAAAGGAAUGCAGAGACCGUAAGUGUGAAACUAAUUCUGCGCCAGUGGAAUAUAUACCAUCUUCAUCAACUGUCAACAUGAUUCAAGGUUUAUUGACUAUCUCAGCCGGUUUGGCUCGUUUGAGAAAUGAACUAUGUCAUCCAGAACCUGGAUUAUGCCCCAGGAUGCUGCAAACAAUGUUAUUGAGACAACACUUAUUCAACUACAUUCGAGAAACAGCGUCAUCGAGAUUAGAUGCCAAAGGAGAAAUGUUUGCAUUCACUAAACAAGGGUACGGAAAUCUGCCUAUUGAAAUCUUCAACUUCAGGAGAGCAGCAGGAAAGAAUUUUGUGUAUCAAAAGGUUGGUACUUAUCAAAAUAGAAUGAAUAGUUUGGCCGAUAUCGUUAUGUACAACUCUGAUGGUGAAGAAAUUAGUGUGGAAAAUAUGUCUUCCGAGUGUAUUGAAGAUUGCGGAGUCUGCGAAAAACGUCCGACCGACUUCGUUAUCUUGGAUUCCAAAGACCACCUGUACAUGGCUACGUCAGUGGAUAUCCAUAAAUCCUCAUCAAAUCCUUUGAAAUGCGAUUCUGCCAUCACGUCAUCUGGACUUCAGACGCUUGAAGCUUUCCUUUGGGCACUGGACCAAAUAAACAGCAGUCCUACCCUUCUACCUGGUGUUAAUCUCGGCGCAAUUAUUUUUGACACGUGUAACAGCAGAGAAAAAGCAGCAAGGGAUGUUGCAAACUUUUUCAGCAGUUCUUUGUCUGCCACUUCUCCAAGUCACAAAAUCCCUGGUGUAAAUCAAAUCCUCGGAUUAGUUGCCACUCAGACCGAUAGCAUUAUUCAGCCCAUCGUAGAUGUUACGAUGCCUUUUAACGUUCUGACCAUAGCCCCUAGAGUAACACUGACUGAUUUCAACAAUGAAGAAAAAUAUCCCACACUUCUUAGGUCAUCACUUCCUAAUGACAUUCGAGCUGGAGCUCUUGUCGAUCUCCUGAAGCAUUUUAAGUGGAAUUACGUCUCUUCUCUAUAUUCUGAUAAUGCUGUGAACGAAGUUGAUUUUUUUCAUUCCUUCAAGAGAAGGGCAGAAGCUAGGGAAAUAGAACUAGCACUUGCAGAAGGAAUACCAACUUCAUUUUCAGAUGGUGCCAUGGAAGUUCUUCUUGACAAACUGCAAACGAAACGGAAAGAAGGAGCUAGAGUUGUCGUGUUGUUCCUCAGUAACAAGCAUUCAGAAGAACUAUUUGGUGCUGUAAAACGCCAGCAGGAAAAUGGACGUACUAACAUGGGAGAUUUUGUGUGGGUUACAUUCGAAAAUGUCGAUGCCUUUCAUCAAUAUCCAUUGGUAUCUUUGGGAUCUCUAAUGAUGCAGCCCAGUCAAGCUCCCGUUUUCCCUUUCAAGCAAUACUUGAGCAGUUUGAGUCCCAGAAAUAAUUCCCGUAAUCCUUGGUUCAGAGAAUAUUGGCAACAGGUCUUCAAAUGCCGAGGUGCUAUGUGCGACGAAACACACCAAAAUGUAGCAGAAAUGGCUUUGGUGCAAGACUCCAGCAUUUCCAAAGUGAUCAACUCUGUUCUAAGCAUUGGCGUUGGACUGGAAGCAUUGCGACAACACCUUUGUCCAGGAAUCGACCAUGGACUGUGUUCAGCAAUGUCUGAUGGUCAGCAAAUUAGAGAUCUGCUCUUUAAUUUGACCCGUGACUCUUCUUUCACCGGAGCGGACGGGAAGUUACUCAAGUUCACUCAACGACGAUUUUCUGCUGGUCUCUUGGAUGUCUUAAAUUUCAGACAAGUUGGAAGCAAUGCACACGCCUUUGUCAAUGUUGGCAAAUAUUCUCCUGACGAAGGUUUAUUUCUGAAUUUCAGUAAAAUAAGAACUUAUAACGAAUACGGGAAAGAAGUUAGUCUUUAUGACGUCAAAUCUACUUGCGAAUCCUGCAAGAAAGAACCUGCAAAUCUGUUCACAUCCACAAUGCAGAUUGUUCCAAAACAAGACUUCGCUGUCACUGUUUUGAUGCCCGUCCACAAGAAAGGUAGUACUUUCUUUACCUGUGGUGAAAUGAGAGAUGAAGUAAUGUUCCACCACUUGACAGCCAUCGCCUUUGCCAUUGACAAAAUUAACAAAAAUUCGACCCUUAUGCCUGGAACCGAGAUGGGGGCUAUAGUGUUCGAUUAUUGUGACAGGCCACAAAGAGGCCAAGAUCAACUAUACAACUUCUUCUCUAAAGACAAUGGUGAAUUGUCUAAUUUAAGAAUUAAGCCGAAAUCUAUAAUCGCCGCAGUGACUUACGGUACAGAACUUUCUAGAGAAUCUUCUCCCAUAUUAGAUUCAAUGAAUAUUAUGCAAAUCGCAACACCUAUAGAUAGAAUGGAAUCUUUUGAGAACAACGAUAUAUUAUACACCGCCCCUUCGACAAUGUCUCAGAUACAAGCUCUUCUAAGUAUUCUGAAAAAAUUUGGCUGGGAAUAUGUUAAUGUUGUGUACAGCAAUACUGACUUUGGGCGGGCAGGUUAUUACCAAUUUUCCAAAGGCGCAAAGAAAAGGGGCAUUUGUCUUGCCAAUGUAGUCAUAGUUGAGCCUGAAAGUGAGAAAGAGUCUUUGCUGACCAAUCUUCAAAGUGGCUUGAAUCGCGAUGCUAAGAUAGUAGUUUCACUUGUUGAUGACUUGCCAGUAGUUCAAAAAAUGAUUACAGCUAUAAAAAUAAGCAAAGUAUUAACAAAAUAUGUUUGGAUCGGUACUGAAACUUGGGGUAAUGAUCCAAUGAUUUUGAAUAAUCUGAAAGACGCCCAGUUCGAUGCUAUAACGCUAAAAAUAGAGAGUCAGGAUAUUCCAGAGUUCAAGAAGUUCUACGAAGGACUGACAUUAUGGAACCACUAUCCUAUUCCUGACGCAUGGUUUGAAGAAUUUUGGCAAAGUCGUUUCCAGUGCCAGCUUACCAAUAGCGUUGGUGUACAAAAGCAAUACACUCCCAUCUGCACUGGCAAAGAACGCUUAUCCUCGGAUGAACUCUCGCAUAAUGAACAUAUUUAUCAAGCUAUCCAGACAAUUGAAUCUAUAGCACAAGGACUACAUUCAUAUCUUAACCAAAAAUGCCCCUAUGGUAUGGCAGCAAUGAAUAUCGAUGACUGUGGUACUGAUUCGAGACUGGAACUUCAGAAAGAUAUUCAUAUUGCUCUUCAUGGUGAUUAUUCAGAAUGCCAAGAAUGUGGAUCUUCAAGUACAGUAUUUGGAUAUGAUGUGUUACAACAUUCCGUGGCAAGAAAUGGAUCGAAUUUACACAUUCAGAUUGGAAGCUGGAAAGAUGGUAUUCUGUUCAUAGAAGAUGCCAAAAUUAUGUUCUCGACAGAAGAUAUACCAAAAUCGAAAUGUAAAGAAGAAUGCGGCAACUGCAUGACUCAGCUGGGGAGCACACAGAGUUAUUUGUCCUCUGAAGAACCCAUCUAUGCAAAUUUCCAGACAGUCUGGGGCAUCAUUGUCACAGCAUUGUCUGUCCUUGGAAUGGUACUAGUCAUCAUUUGUGCCUUGUACUUCCUGAUGUCAUUCCCGAUCACUGUUGGUACUACGGUACUCGGAUAUAUGAUUCUGUUUGGACUUCUGCUGCUGUAUGCAGUCAACUUUGCUUUUGUGCUUUCACCUACGGAAGGAACAUGCGGUAUUCGCAGAUUUGGUCUCGGACUGGCAUAUGCUGUCAUCUUCUCGGGAAUGCUGGUGAAAGUUAUGAACACUUGGAGACUCAUGGGCUACAACGGUAGUCGUAUUCUUAGUGAUGGUACACGACUGUCCAGUCCUGCUGGUCUUCUCGUAAUUGCAGUUGGAUUAGUAAUAAUUCAGAUUGUUUUAUCUGCUGCUUGGCUGAUACUUAUGCCACCCAAAACCGGAGCUUUCGAACAGGUGUGGCGAUGUGCUCCACCUACCACAUUUGAAGAAGGUCUUGUGGUCUCCCUCAUCUACGUCAUGCUUCUCCUGGCUAUAACAACCCUCUUUGCCCUUUUGACAUGGCAGUGCCAAGAUAACAACAGAGAAUCUAGAUGGAUAUUAGCUUGUGCCAUUCUUGUGGCCGUCGUAUGGCUGGCAUGGACGAUUCUAUCUACCCAGUUGUCUCCACACUACAGAGAUACCACUAUAGCAGCUGCCAAUCUCGUGAAUGCCACUAUCAUUAUGAUAUUCUUAUACUUGCGCAAAGUAUAUCUUUACAGCAAGUUAUCGAGGCAAGCCAGAGAUCAGGACCUCAAGGCCCAUCUUCAGCCAACUACCUACAGCCACUCUUUGUAUGGUUCUUCCCAGAAAACUUUCUCCACGUUAGCUCCUGUGCUAUAUGGUUCACAAGCGUCUCUAAACACAAAGAAAUUAUACAAUGGACCAUCUUCCCGUGUUGAACUCAUAAAUUGCCCAGAGGACAACAAAAGUGACAGUUCAGGGUCUGUCCAGGUGCAAGCAACAGAUCUUUAUCCUUUGGACAUGUACGAUGGAGGAAGCCAGUUCCAGCCAGUUACCUCACUCUAUGGAAGCAAUCAUACUCUAACUUUUGGGAGCUCUGUAAAUCAGAACUAA